GUACGCUUGCGUAGAACACUGACCAAGCCCACGGACGUGUACAGAGUCACAGUAAUGUGUCAUUUUUCUAAUAACGAACUUUUUCACUGAAGAAAUAUCGCGUGCGAAUUAGAAUCUGGAAGUUAAAAUAUAUAUUUCAAAAUAUUGGCUUCAGUGAUUAAUUUAAACGGAAAAAAUGUCGCUGAAGCCCUACUUAACAGCCGUGAGACGCACUCUCACUGCUGCAAUGUGUGUUGAGAAUUUUUCAUCACAAAUUGUUGAGAAGCACAAUAAACCAGAAGUGGAAGUUAGGGCAAGUAAGGAACUGCUCCUUACGCCAAUUCUCAUAAGUCGAAAUGACAAGGAGAAGGUACUCAUCGAAUCUAGUAUAAAUAGUGUAAGAAUAAGUAUCGCAGUUAAGCAGGCGGAUGACUUGGAAAAAAUCCUAUGUCACAAGUUCACGAGAUUCAUGACCAUGCGUGCUGAAAAUUUUUUAAUUCUCAGAAGAACACCCAUAGAGGGAUACGACAUUAGUUUUCUCAUAACAAAUUUUCACAUCGAACAAAUGUACAAGCAUAAAAUCGUUGAUUUUGUUAUUCAUUUUAUGGAGGAGAUAGAUAGAGAACUCAGUGAAAUGAAACUAUCAGUAAAUGCCCGAGCACGUACAUGUGCCGAAGAAUUUUUAAAGAGGUUUUAGGUGGUACGAUUUAGAAAGUGUUCCAGAAUAGUUGCUGCAAAAACAAAUUCUAUGCAGAAUGAAAGACAGCAUGGCCAUUUUUACUCUCCUCAACCCUUUUCCUUAAAUCCUUUACACCCUCUUCCUAGAUAAAAAAAAAUGUACGUAAUCCUAAUACCACUAAACGGCUAGAUGUCUUUAAUGUUAAUUACUGCCAGAACCGACUUUAAGUCCGACGGAAAGGUGCGAGAAAGUCAUCGUUGAUUGUAAUAAAUAACGAGUGACAAUUAUGGAGCUUUGGACAUCCUCCACUCCUCGUAAUAACAAUGUUACUCAACAUUUUGUGUUCUACAUUUCUUGUAUUUGUAAUAAAGUUAUAAUCUCACAAAAAAAAA